AUGUCCAUCACCGCACUUCUCGCCAUUGGUGAAGAGGUCACCGACGUUGAAGAGGAAUCCUUCUUUCUCUUCAGUCAGGAAAUUGUCACCGGCAAUCUCGGAUUCGUAGACUCGCAUGCGACUACAGUCGAUGUGACAAUCCAUGAUCAUGAAUACAUUAUCCACCAAUCUCCAACAUUACUCUCUUCGUCUCGAGCUGGAGGUACCACGGGCGCCGUUCUUUGGAAAAUCACUCCGCCCUUUGCAGAAUGGAUCUCUUCUCCAAAAAAUCCCCUAUGGACGAAUUCUGUCCUAAGCGCGGAAUCUAUCGUCGCUGAACUAGGAUGCGGUAUCUCAGCUCUACUUCCUCUCACACUAGCUCCAUCAAUACAGCACUAUAUCGCCACAGACCAAGAGUACGUGCGCCGAUUCUUCCGCACAAAUAUCGACGAGAAUGCAUCAGUCAACUCCGGUUCAUCAAAGCAGAAGACCGGAAAGUCAAAGGGGAGCGGCAGUAAAAAGAAGAAUGCAUCUUCGAAAACUUCAGCUGCUUCUACACCUUCAACCUCGAACAUCACAUUUACAACAUUAGACUGGGAACUCGAUCAACCCAAUUCAUUGAAGGAUUGCAUUGAUCCUGGUUCGCGCCAAGGAAUGGACCCCGAAGAUCAUGGCUUCGACCUCCUUCUGUCUUGUGACUGUAUCUAUAAUGAAGCGCUCGUCUCGCCGUUCGUGCGUACCUGCGCUGAGAUCUGUCGUCUCCGUCCUGUCUACAACCCGUCGGAUACAGAUGAGCCGGCUCGUCGGCCGACGGUUUGUAUUGUUGCGCAGAAGCAGCGGACGCCGGACGUCUUUGAGACUUGGCUGAGGGAGACGUUGAGGGAGUUUCGGGUUUGGAGGGUCAGUGACGAGGCGCUUGGGGAUGCGUUGAAGGGGGGAUCGGGGUAUCUGGUCCAUUUGAUGUUGGCUAGGGAGAAGUGA